AUGGCUAGUCCCACUGUUACUUCCCAGGAAUUGAUUUUUCAACAAGGAUACUUCGCUCCUGGCGAUUUGCUCGCCGCAUUGAUGUGGGAACUCUCCGCUCCUGAAAACAGGAUAUACCAAGAUAAACUCCGGCAUGAGCUCCAUGAUGCCGGAAUCUUACCAGGGAAAUAUCCUGAUCCUUCGCUCGUCCAAAGACUGCCAUACCUGGAUUGUGUACUACGUGAAGUGCUUCGACUCCAUCUUCCUCUUCCAUUUGGCUUGCCUCGAACAGUGAAGCAAGGACAGAACGUUGUGGUUUUGGGAACAAAAAUCCCAGCUGGGACAACGAUACACUCCCAAGGUUAUUGUCUUCAUCGCGACCCAGACGCUUUUCAGGAACCAGAAAGAUGGAAUCCAGAACGUUGGAACAUUCCAAUCACGUCUCCAAAAUAUCGAGAGAUGCAGCGGAUGUUCUGGCCGUUCGGCUCCGGAGCGAGAAUGUGUUCGGGGAAAAACGUUGCAUGGGCAGAGCUGCGCCUGAUUACAGCUAGAGUGUAUAGCACGUACCAGACGGCGUUGGAUGAGGUCUUUGUUGAUAAGGAUGGGACUCUGCUUCCAGAAGAGAAGAGAAAGGCCUAUUUCCCGUUCAAAAUAACAUUACCCAUUCGGUUUCUCAAGCUUUAG